AUGUGGGAAUUUAUUGUCAAUACUAGUACACCAAUUCUUCUUGAAGGUCUUGCUAGUAUCUUAUUUAUUAUACGUGUUAAAUGGCAAAAACGACGUCUUCAACGUUCCUCUAACUGGCGCAAACAACGUCGACUUACAAUUCAGCUAUUAUUAAUGUCAAGCUUAAAUUUAGCUUUCAAUCUACCUAUCUAUCUUAUUCCACUUGCUCAUCUGUGUGGCCUCCCACCAGAAUAUGGUAUUCAACCUGAACUUUAUUUCUUUUUUCUGGGUUAUUUUGUUAUUUUUCUAUUUCCAUUCAUAUGCUUAAGCCAGUAUCCUGAAUUGCGUAAAAACAUCAAACAGAAAAUAUUACGUAUGAUUCCACGAGAUCGACAUCUAACAGCGACUGUUGCACCUACAUUGAUGAUUACACGAAUGAAAAAUUUCGCAUGA